UUGGUGUUUCCAUGGAAACACUGGCCUCUAUGUGGGAACAUGAGCAUGACCUCUCUGACCUCUGUGACCUCAAUGAGAGCAGAAACAUGUCUUUGUGGGAAUCCAAGUGUGCUUUCACUCCCCCUGCUGGUCUGAUGUGGACACAGCAGCUUUCGCCUCACCUCCAGAGGAACAAACAGCUGCAGGACGCGCUGCUGCAGAGGGAGGAGGAGCUGGCCAGACUGCAGGAGGAGAACAACAAGCUCAGAGGAUUCCUCAGUUCCUCUUUCAUGACGAACCUGCCGGAAAAAGCGAAGAAACUGACAGCAGACAGGAGGAAUCUGAAGAGAAACCAGAGCAGCUUCCAUCAUGAACCCUCCGAGGUCAGAGGUCGUCCGUUCACCAAGCAGAUCACCAAGAGAGUCUGCAGAAACCUGACUCCUGAGUUCUGCUCUGAGUCCUCUGCCGGGUCAGCCUCUCCAGAACCAAACCUGGAUCUCUGGGUGCUGCGAAUGUUGGGCCUGAAGGACCAGAACACCAUCGAUACGUCCAGCGAAUCAGAGUCCAGCUUAAGGGAUCUGGUGUACGGAGACGCCUUCGGUUCCCCGGUGUCCACACCAUCCUCCGUACACAGCUACCGCCAAAUCGCCGCAGGGGAGACGGACCACCCGUCUCUCUGCGCCUUUCCUGCCAGGCCAGCACCAACCUGCUCUGGACCUGUAGGAGCCUUGCCUGGCUCUGCGCUGACGGAGAUCUGCUCCACCAGAGGCGUCCAGCCGCUGGAGUCCAGCUGGACUCCGACCGAGCCAUUCUGCUUCACCUCCAGGUCGUCUUCCUGCUCAGUUCUGAACAAAUCUCAGGCGCCCUCUGGUGGCUGCAGCGCUUCAUCAUCGCAGUCGCUUCACAAACCGACAGAUUUGGCUUUCAGCAUGUCCCUCAGUCCGUCCAGCAGCGUGAAGACACACAGCUUCCCCCAGGGACAGGCCUUCAUCAGGAAGGACACAGGGGGCCGGUGGAACUUCACCUGGGUUCCUCGACAGGAACCGUAACCGACCCGAAGGAACCGUAAUCGACCCGAAGGAACCGUAAUCGACCCGAAGGUUCCCCCUGCAGUAAGAGACACCUGCUGUCUAUAAAGUUACUCAAUUAAAACCUAACAGCAAUAAUUUUGAUUAUUUAGUUUUUACAAGAGUAAAAAAUGGGGAUUAAUUUUUCACCGUGGUAAUCAAUUUAUAAAUGUCAGAUUCAAACUAAAAUAUAUGACAAUUUAAUUAUCUCCAAUGUUUAGAAACUAAAUAUUUAGUUCUGACCCAAAUAUUUAGUGAGCAAACAAACUAUUUAGCUCAAAACUAAAUAUUUAGUUCUUUGCUAGAUAAACAUUUAGUUACUUCAGAGUUAGCUAAAAAUGUCAUUUACAAAGUUGCUUACCUCAGAGUUAAAUGUUUAGUUAAUCUGCAAAUUCAAUUCCAGAUAAGUGGAAGUAGACUAUCAAAAUAAAAGUUGGGUCUUCAGAAAUUUGGUUUGAACCAAAUAUAACUUACUGGCUAAAUAUUUAG